CUGCCGUCUCUUCCUUACGGGUCACAGUGUUUUUUUCUUCACAGCUCUCUUCCGCCUGGUUGAGUAACUGUGCUGUGACAUGUGUGUUUGUCAGAGCGAGUGACAGGGCAGAUAUCUCUCACCACACACAGACAGACACACACUCUGGCAGAGGAAGGAGGACGGCGGCGGCAGCAGGGACUCGUUCAGUAUGAGGAGUUUUCUGCCUCCAUCCCUCGUCAUCUGACAGCCGUCCACUCCUGAAAACCCAGACCAUCGGCGCAGAGCUGCGAGGACGUCGUCAGAUGGACAAGGAGCAGCAGCAGCACACCAAGGUGGAGCGGUUCCUCAAGCUGGGGUACGCCCGCAGCGACAUCCUGAGGGCUGGAAGCCUCCGUCAGGACGCCCAGACCAACGACAUCCUGGAGGAGCUGAUAAAGACCUGCCACGCCCGCCCCCCCAGCCACGCCGUCCCAAACAGUCCAAGCUGGUCAGGGCUGCAGCCCAAAUCCCGGCCCGGCCAGACCGCCGGCCGAGCCGGGUGCCGGCGCCUGCUGACUUCAGACCCGUGGUCAUCGAUGGGAAGCAACGUGGCCAUGAGCCACGGCGGCAGGAAGGUGUUUUCAUGCCGGGGCCUGCAGCUGGCGGUGAGCUGGUUCUGGGACCGCGGCGUGCGGGACAUCACCCUGUUCGUCCCGCUGUGGAGGAAGGAGACGCCGCGACCCGAGGCGCCCAUCACAGACCAGCACGUCCUCCACGAGCUGGAGCGCAGGAAGAUCCUGGUGUACACGCCGUCGCGCUGCGUCAACGGCAAGCGGGUGGUGUGCUACGACGACCGCUACAUCGUCAAGCUGGCCUUCGACUCGGACGGCGUCAUCGUGUCCAACGACUACCGCGACCUGCAGAUGGAGAACCCGCAGUGGAAGAAGUUCAUCGAGGAGAGGCUGCUCAUGUACAGCUUCGUCAACGACAAGUUCAUGCCUCCGGACGACCCUCUGGGCCGCAACGGUCCCACCAUCGACGACUUCCUGAGGAAGAAGCGCUGGACUCCAGAGAACAAGAUGCAGCACUGCCCGUACGGGAAGAAGUGCACCUACGGAGUGAAGUGGUAGUUUCCACCCGAGAGGACCAACCAGUCCCAGCUGUCUGUGGCCGACGAGCUGAGGGCUCAGAGAGACAGAGCCAGGAGCGCUACCAUCCCCCCCGCCGCCAGCCGCCGCCGCCGCCAGCCCUCGGCCCGGAGGAGGAGGACGAGGCCUUCGGCUCCAUGGAGAGCGGCCUGUCCGGGCUGUACCUGCAGGACGGGUCCACAGCGCGGACCGCGCCCUGCUCAGCUCCAGCAGCGGCGUGGCCAGCUACGGUCUGAGCCGCGACGACGUGCACGGAGCCGGCGAAUUCCACCCCGAGUGCCCCUCGUGCAGUCAUUGCCGCUGUGCCCAGCAGCAGGGCAGGACGCCCUCCGUCCGCUGCAGCAGCCGGCGUGGAGCUCCUGCCCCGCCCUGCCUCCCCGCGGCGCCCGAGGACCCGUCCUACAGACUGAACCGCAGCUUACCCAUGAGCCCUGGCUGCAGGCCGGGGGGGCCGGGGGCGCGGGGGGUGCCAAGCAGCAGAGGGAGGAAGGAUGCUGAGGAGCCAGCUGAGCACCGUCUUCCCUCAGAACAUGGUGGAGCAGGUCAUGAAGGAGCUCCACCACGUCUUAGACUUGGCCUAGACUCAUGUCUCUGGUCCAGAGCUACAGGAGCAGCCACGUGACCUUCUGAUCUGAUUCACCCGUUUACAUGGAGACUGAUGCGGGAUCAGAUUGAAGCUACCAGUAUCCUCCCAUAACGCUUUGGUGACAAGAUCACCUGAUCCACAUCCGGCUUCAGCAUGAAGUGCUGACGCUUGUUAUGUUUCUUCAAAAGUGAGACACAAACAAACAGGAGAGAGAGCAGGAAAACGACGGCUCUGUUUGAGGGCAGCGUUUCUUCGGAAUCCUCCAGUCCGGUUUGACAGCCCACAUUCUUCUCCGAGCAGCAUUCAUAAGGCGUCACGAGGUGACGUUAUGCAACAGAGAACCUGACCGGAUCUGAACCGGUGUGUUCAUGGACCUUUUUCAGACCAGGUCACGCUGUUCUGGACUCUCUCUCUUCACCCCGUGGUUUCUCCGACUGUACGGUGCAAUGCACCGGCGCUCCAUGCAGCCUGAAGUCGUGUCUGACCAAAGCGCGUGUGUUGUUUUCCCCGAGUGCCUCAAGGUGAGGAAUGUUUCUGUACUCGUCUACAGGAAGUAGCUCAGUGUGUUUCCUAUGGAUGCUAAGAGCUGUUGUUUUCACGCUCUCUGUGAAUUAAAAGUUUUAAACUGCA